CGUGUAUCCUCGCGUGUGUUUGUCAACCACUGACUGCUAUCAUACAGCAGCAGAGUAUCUGCCAAAUAUUUUGGACAAUUUAAUGACUUCAGAUGGGUGGGCAGGUAACCCGUACCACUUUACAAGGAACCCUUCGCUGCCACCCUCUGAAGGAGAACAUGUAUCUAGAUCCACAAGCCCCCUCGCCGCUCUGUUUCCAUGCCAACACGAAAGGUUCUCAGAUUGUGAUGGACAAGACACAACGCAACGUGCGCCGGAUCGGCAGCUUCUGUAAUGCCAUCACGUUCACCAACCGGACAGUCAGAAUCUACGAACAGGUUCGACUAAAGAUCACAAAAAAACAGGGUUGUUGGACUGGCGCCCUACGACUGGGUUUUACUACGGUGGACCCAUCUGAUCUAAUUUCAGCGUGGCUUCCACGUUUUACCUGCCCUGAUCUUGUUAGCGAGAGAGGGUUUUGGGCCCGAGCUUUGCCCGAGGAGCAGUGCGAAGAGGGAACAAUUCUGUCUUUCUGGCUGGACGGUGUGGGACGAGCGUUUUACCGGGUUAAUGACAAUGCUCCGAUCUUCUUCUUUAGCGGAGUACCGUCAGGGGUGCCAGUAUGGGCAAUCAUUGAUGUUUAUGGGUUGACAAGUGGAGUGCAGCUACUUGACAGUAAGAUGGUCCCGGCUGAAUAUCUCAAUCUGAAUGGGAUUGACGAAUGGCAUUUGUCGAGCAGCUGUGAGCUUGACCAUCAGGAAGAUCUGCCAUCAACGUCUCCAAAUACCCUCAACACGGUGCUGUCACAUCAGUUCCAAGAUGACUUCCGUUUUCACUGUGUCCACGGCAAUGGUUUGCUUCUGCUAACCGAACACAUUGCAGUGCGUUGUUACAACAGACGUGAGGACUGCGCUCUUGCGUUCUCCCAUCGGCCACUGCGCUGCGGUGAAUGUGUGUUCAUUAAGAUCUCACUGAGGUCUCCAAAAGUGACACCUACUCUAAAGAGGUUUUUGUCUUACGGAUUCACUUCUUGUAACCCAGCUCACAUUAAUCCGAAGAUCUUGCCGGUCAAUCCUGAUGACCUGCUGGACCGCAAGGAAUUCUGGGCUUUCAGCAGUUGCACUUCACCACUCAUGGAUGAGGAUAUAAUUGGUUUCCGAGCGACAGCAGAAGGGGAGGUGCUUGUUAGUCACAAUGGAGGAAGAGCUUGCCGAGAGAUGUGCGUCGAUAAUUCCACUCCUCUGUGGAUGAUCUUCGAUUUACAAGCACAUAUUAAACAAAUCAGUAUAUUGGGUGCUUCUUGCAGUUACUCUCCAUCCUGUUCACAAAUUCAGAGGUCUCGCUUUAGUACUGCCAGUCAUCCCACAACCAAUCAGAUUCACAGUACAGCGGUCAGUGGACAGAUUGAUCACUCUCAGCCCCGCCCACACAACCUCAGCAGUUCUGCAGGGACAACAUCAAGCUUACCUUCCUCUAAAUCCCUCAAUAUCCUGUCAUGCUCUGCAGUUACUUGCGAUGAAUGUCUGAUUUGCUGUGAGAGGACUGUGGACUCAGUGCUGUACGCGUGCGGACACAUGUGCAUGUGUUUUAAGUGUGGCGAGAGGUUAAGAGAGAUGUCAAAUCCGUCCUGCCCCAUGUGUCGCAGCCCAAUCAGAGACAUCAUUAAAAUAUACCGCAGCAUGUAACCUGUCAACUGCCAUAUACUGUAUGCAAAUUGGAGUUUUUGGAUUGUCUUGGAGCAGUCUCUUCACACAUCAUGAUUUCCCACAGUUCCCUGUUUAAGAUGUUAAUGUGGGUGCCGUGGUGUAUUGAUUGAGUAAAAGGCGAAGAAAUAAACCAUGCCCACCAUUGUGUCCUUAAUCAAAAAUCUACCCUGAGAUCCAGUGGAUUAAUCUCAAUGUUUGUCACUUUGGAUAUAAGUGUCUGCUAAAUGAAUUUAUUUGUGAAACGUCUGACCAAAAAAGAAAAACUGAUAUAUUGAUUGUGCCCUUCAGGGGUCAUGCACAAUGUUAGUUUUUUUUAUUUGCUUUGGCUCAGUUCUCAAUGAGGAUUUUUUUUUUUUCGCAAAACAAUAAUUUUAGAUCUCUGGACAGUUUCUUGUUUAUUUCAGAUAAGUCUUUCAUAUUGAGUUAAGGCAAUUGUGGAGAAGUGUGUUGGCACAUGUGUGCAAAGAGUAUACAGUUUGCACAAUAACUAAAUGCAUAUGGCUUGUUUAUCAAAACUGAUGAGUUGAUUCUCAGUGAACCUGUCAACUUCUCAAUAAUGUUUAAUUGUGUAGGCCAUCAAUAUCUGUCAACAGCAUGUAUAUUACAUAAAUAUCUGACAUUGAAUGUUUGUAAUGUCUGCUAAAUUGUGAAUUGACCUGCCAUAGCAAUAAUUGUACUCUCAACCAAUUAAGAUUGGGAGCAUACAGCAUAAAGAACUGUUGCAACCCUGAAGGGGAGGGGUAUGGCAUUCAAGGAGAUUUUUUCACUGGUGCAUUGCAAUAGAAAACAUCAGAUGUGAUGUUGAUGAAAAUCUUUUUUUUUGUUUGUAGCAUUUGUAGUAACAUGUAAGAAGUGUGAAAUUUACAGUAAUUUAGUUUACAUGCAAUGUAUUUGUACAAAAUGAGAUGUACUGUGUAGUAAAUAUAAAUGUUUAUAUUAUUUUUCUAU